ACAGAGAAAUAUGAAAAGGGUAAUGAGAAAGAAUGGUUCUUUAUCUCGGAGAGGACCAAACUCGGUAAAGGCGGAGGCAGAGGCGGAAGACAGAAGAAACGUGGCAGCAAUGGAGGAUACUGGAGCGCAACAGUAGCUGCUAAGAAGAUUAACGCUGGGAACGGCAUAGUCGGCUACAAAACCAUACUAGACUACUACGUUGGGAAACAACCAAAUGGCGUAAAAGGGGAUUGGCUAAUGCAAGAAUACUGGCUUGAGUCUUCUUCUUCUGAUGAUGAUCAUAACAACGAGAAUAAGGUUGAUCAUGCGUUGUGCAAGAUUUAUCUGACUCCAAGGGGAGCAAAGAAGAAGAAGAAAUCCGAGGAAGAG